UUCCAUAUGAGUAUAUAACAAGUCGGGAUAAAUUGAAUGAAACAUCUCUCCCACCAAAAGCUGCAUUUUAUUCAAAUCUUAAUAAGACAGCAAUUACUGAUGAAGAUUAUUUACAUGCAAUAAAUGUAUGGAAUACCUUUGGGUUCAAAAAUCUUGGUGAAUAUAGUGACCAUUAUGCAAAAACUGAUGUAUUAUUGUUGGCUGAUAUUUUUGAGAAUUUUAGGGAUAUUACCAUGAAAACACACAAGUUGGAUCCAUGUCAUUAUUACACUUUACCUGGUCUAUCUUGGGAUGCCAUGUUAAGAUUCACAGGUAUUGAACUUGAACUUCUUACAGACUAUGAGAAGUUCAUGAUGAUUGAGAAAGGGAUAAGGGGAGGAUUGUGUCAAGUUUCACAUCGACAUAUCAAGGCCAACAAUAAAUUUAUGAAAACAUUUGACUCCACCGCUGAAAGUGUUUUCAUUGCCUUUGUAGAUUGUAAUAACCUUUAUGGCCUUGCCAUGUCAAAACCCCUUCCAUUUGGGGAUUUUCAGUGGAUUAAUUUGAGUAUGAAUGAUCUACUUGAAUCAAAAGAAGGAGAUGAAUAUGGCUAUAUUCUUGAGGUUGAUGUAUCAUAUCCAAGUUCACUACAUGUAGAUCAUUGUGAUCUCCCAUUUCUCCCUGAGCAAAUAUCUAUUGGAAUUGAUCAAAAAAAGUUAUGUGCUCAUGUGAAUAGCAGGAAGCAAUAUAUAGUUCACUAUAUUGCUUUAAAACAGGCAGUUGAACAUGGCCUUAUUGUUGAGAAAAUUCACCGUGCAUUGAGAUUCAAACAGUCAUGCUGGCUGCAGCCAUACAUUGAACAUAACACAAGACUUCGUACUUGCUCUAAAAAUGCUUUUGAGAAGGAUAUGUACAAAUUAUAUAUUAAUUCAGUCUAUGGUAAGACAAUGGAGAAUGUUCGUGAGAGAUUUAAUAUGCAAAUAGUGUGCAGUGAUAGAAAGAUGGAAAAAAUGAUUAGAAAGCCUGAGUUCAUUGAUAGAACAAUUUUUAGUGAGAAUUUGGUAGCUAUUCAUCUAAAGAAGAAAAAAAUAAUGUUAGACAAACCAAUAUACAUAGGUCAAGCUGUAUUGGAUAUUUCAAAAACAGUGAUGUAUAACUUCCAUUACAAUGUAAUGAUACCAAAAUAUGGCAAUGAGAACAUUAAACUAGCAUAUACUGAUACAGAUAGUUUACUAUAUAAAAUAGUUACUGAUGAUUUAUAUGAUGAUAUAUAUAACAUGAUUGAGCACUUUGACACAUCUGAUUAUCCCAUUGACCAUCCUUGCUAUUCACUAGUGAAUAAAAAAGUAUUGGGAAAGUUCAAGGAUGAGGCAAAUAGUAAGAUAAUCUUGGAAUUUGUGGGUCUUCGUGCAAAAAUGUAUUCCAUAAGAAUGAAUGACCAUGAAAUAAAAAAAGCAAAAGGUGUUCAGUCAGCUGCAUUAAAUAAAUAUAUUACAUUUGAUGAUUAUUUGAAUUGUCUCAGCUUGAAUAAUGACCAUAGACUGAUAAAUACCUGCAUCAGAUCUAAAGAGCAUCAUGUCUAUACAGUGGAUAUAAAUAAAAAAGCUCUUUGUUCCAAAGAUGAUAAGAGAAUAGUAUUAGAGGAUGGAAUAUCCACAUUACCAAUUGGAUACAAGAAUUAAAGUUAAAAAAAAAAAUAUUCUAAGAAUCUCAAUAAAACUUAAAACUUAAAG